AUGAUAAUCCCUAGUCGCAGAGCCAAGUCCCAGGUUGAGGCUCCCCGAGAAACGUUGACCACAAUUUUCCAGAUCCGGAACCUUGGAACAAAUUUCUCACGUCAAUUGGAUGCCAUUGUGGAGGCUGUGGACAAGCAGAUCUUUUCGUUCCGGACAUUGGGCUUGUUGAUCCAAGGCGAGCAUCAUCAAGUUACAGAGCUUGUCGUGAAAAACUCAGAGAUGGCUAAAGACCCUGACCUGAAAAUCCUUAUUGAAAAAGCUCGAAUGAAAAACGGUGUUAACAGCUUUGGGGCCGGACCGGAUUUUGGAAAUCCCUUGCUUGUUUUUGAAGUACUCCACAUGUACCACACCUUUGACUGGUCCAAUCUCGAAAUGCCUAUGCCAAUAGUAGCCAGGUGCCUCAUAGCUGUUGGAGAAGAGAGGCAGCUAUUUCCGGGCCCAAAAUUCCCAAUGUCGCAUCAGCUUCAUGGGUUUGGGUCCGAAAUGGACAUGGGCACAACUCAUAAUAUCGCAAGGAGCGGUAGAAGACUUGAAUUCAGAGCUGAAUUUAAGCAAGCUACAUGGAUUCACCAAGAGGCAUACUUUCGAAUUGUGGUUCCAGGGAUGUACGUGCCGAGCUUCCUUCCGUUGAGCUUACAGAUCCUCGGUGAACGGAGCUCGGAUAACAUGCUCAAGGAGCGAUUUCACUUGACGAAGAUCCGUGUUGACUUGCUAGAAUUUAGUUGCGUGCCAAGUAAAUAUACUGAAGCGACAGACACCCGGAGCAUGGUGUUAGUUGAGAAGGAAACAUCCAUGGAGAUCAAUUCCUUGAACAGCAAAAUUAUGAUACCUCCGACAAUGUAUGACUGUGUGAUUCCACAGGUUGGUCCUACGUUCUUCAUUGGGGGGUUCACUAGAACAUAUGGAUUGAAACUCACGUUAUCGAUUUGCAACAAGAGAGGUCCCCGAUUCAAUGUGUCUGCGUUUAUCGAACUUCACGUGGCGCAGAGGAGGUAUGAACGGAUCCACGAGCAGGACGUUCAUAAACCGCUUUGGCACUUCUUAGGGUGCAACGAGGACGAGGAUGCCAGAGACCAGGAUCAUUUCAUGAAGAGUUUACGAGAUCUCGAGUCGAAUGAUGCUUGUUUGUCAUCCUUCAGCCGCGAGUUUGCUUCGGAUGAAGCAACUGAUAAAUUUCAACGAUACUUCUUUCUGAUGCAUCAACAAGGUGGAAAAGGUUGCUUCCACCGGUGUAAAGGAAACCAGUCUCUGCCAAAGUGCAUCGUCGAAGAUAUACGAAUGGCUCAGAAGCCAUAUUUCCGGGACAAGUCAGAAGUGUCUUUGCCCUUGUUGGGAGACCAGGAUGAUUGA